AUGGACCUGGACGCUGCAUUGAUCACGCUUCUGCUCUCAGUCGCCUUCAGCUCGUCGCCUCCGCGUCAGUAUGAGUUUGUGCGCAGGUCCGUGAACUGCACCGAAGCUCAGCGAUACUGCCGUCAGAACUACCGAGAUCUGGCCAGCGUCAGCAACAGCGGAGACCUGAGCGAUCUGCUGAGGAUCACGGAUCAAGACUUCUGGAUCGGGCUGUUGAAGACUGUCAGCAGUGAGUGGAGCUGGUCUCUGGGCGAUCCCGCCUUCUACACCAAACACCAUUCACUGUAUCGCAACUGGGCGCCGAACCAGACCAGCGGAAGCCUGGACUGCGCUUACAUGGACCAGGACGGACUGUGGCGUAUCGAUAACUGCACAGCACAGCACUUCUUCAUCUGCUACAACGACACCAUUAAAGGGUUCGUCCCUGUGCUGCAGAUGAAGAGCUGGAGAUCCGCUCAGAGCUUCUGUAGAGCGAACCAUGUGGAUCUGACCAGCGUGAGGAACCAGAAGGAGAAUCAGCUGAUUCAGCAGCUCGUGAACACCAGCAACGCCAGUUCAGUCUGGAUCGGCCUGUUCAGAGACCCAUGGGAAUGGUCCGAUAAGAGUCCCUCGUCGUUCAGAAACUGGGCAUCUGGCGAACCCGACGGACCCCUUGAAAACGCCACAGUGAUGGUGUUCAUUGGACAGAGAAAGGGACAGUGGGAGGACUGGCCUUGUGUCUCACUGUUUCCAUUCGUCUGUUAUGAAGAUCAGUUCACCCUCGUCAAGCAGAACCUGAGCUGGGCUGAAGCCAUGCAAUACUGCAGACAGAACCACGUGGACCUGGUGUCGGUCACCAGCGAGCAGAUCGAGCGGCGCGUGAGGACCGCGGCCAGAAACGCCUCGACGCCGGCCGUGUGGAUGGGUUUGCACCACUACUGCGCCAUGGACAUGUGGCUGUGGCUGCGGGGCGAGGUGGUGUGUUACCAGAGCUGGGCGGCGGGCGACGGCGCCGGACCGCGAGACUGCAGCCGCGAGCGGAGAGUCGGAGCCAUGCAGACGGCAGGAGAUCAGCGCUGGGUCAGCCUUCCUCCAGCUCGCGCACUCAACUUCAUCUGCUCCAACUAUGAGGACUGAGCGC